CAUGGCAAUGUGAUAUCUCAUUGGAAGAACAGCUAAUGCACUAAAGAAUUUGAACCACACAUGAGCAAAGAUUCCUAAUGUUGCUGCCAGAUCUAAAAACCUUGAUAGACAGCAUCUGUGAAGAUGAAUUGGCAUGAUUCCUUGUGUCUACCAUUCAAAUGGACUUGCAUCAUACAGUUCCUAAGUAUAAAUAGGCCUCAGGAGAAGGGUAAACACAUCAAACCAAAAGGUGCUCUCCCAUUCUCAUAUCCUCAAACUCAACACAGAGAAAAGAGUUUCAGAAUCAGAUAUGGCUUGCCAUCUUAGAUCAAUCAGUCUGCCUUCUAGGCCUCACACCAAAGUUGAAGAGGAGCUGCAGAGCCUAGAGGCAUGCAUCUCUUCACCUUCCAUGACCAUCGAGACAAUCUCUGACGGUCUGAGGAGGCUUGGAGACAUCUAUGGAACUAUUGAGGAGAUCAUGUGUCUUCCUAGCAAUCAAGUUUGCUCCAGCCAACAAAGGAAGAUGUUGGACGGAGAAAUGGGGUGCUCCCUUGAGCUCCUAGAUCUCUGCAAUGCUAUGCACGAGGACUUCACCGAGCUGAAGGCCAUUAUCCAAGAUCUGCAAGUUGCUACCAGAAAAGGAGAUGAAGCAGCCAUUCAGGUCAAGAUCCAGUCUUACACCCGGUUGGUGAAGACAGCGAAGAAACAUUUCAAGAAGGCCGAGAAGAAGGUUACUUCAUCCAAGGAUGGUUGCAGGAUGGUCAGGCUGUUGAGCGAGGCUAGAGAGAUCACUACCUCUCUGCUUGAGUCAACAUUGAACCUCCUGUCCAAGCAAAUUGCAAACCCUAAACGAUCUCUCGUCUGCAAGGCAUUCCAGAAGAAAACCUCAGUUGUUUGCAAGGAGGAGCAGUUGCAGGUCCUAGAGUGCAGUGUCGGAGAUCUUGAGGCUGGAGCAGGAAUUCUGUUCCGGAGAUUGGUCCAGAGCAGAGUUACCCUCCUAAACAUUCUUAGCCCAUAGAUACUCCACAUCUGUUAGUCUUAACACCUGCGAUUGGCUUCCACCUUUUAAAGGAUUGCCAUUCCCAUUGUAUAUGUAGAAAUGUACAGAAAUCUCCAUAUAGAAAAGGAAACAGAAGUUUUGAUCCAACUCAUAUCGUGUACUCAAUCCUCGUGUGCUUCUGAGAUUCAUGAUGUGGUUAUGCACUCUGGUAUAGGCUUCCAUUUUUAUGGAACGAAAAUGGAUAGCACAUAUAAAAAACGAUGUGAUUAUGCAAUGUGAUGCUGCAAUAUUGCCUUUCUGGUGAAUAUACAGGACAGAACCUAGCAAGAUAAUUAUGCAAUAUGUACUACCUUAAUCAUAUGACCUCCAGAUAUAAAGAUUUGUCAGGCAAUUUAAUUUGGCCAUUGCAUGUGGCCAU